AAGUCUCCACGGCUUUUAAUGGAAAUGAAAAGUCCUGUCUGCUGACGAACGAAGGCCAUUGCAGCAGGCCAACUCCGAGCUCGGUGUUCAUGGGGAAAUUUUUUCUAUUAGGAGUUCAAUCUUCUGAAUGAAUCCCGAUCCUCAUCUUUCUCCGAGUUUGAAGCUGUCAAUCUUCUUUCAUCAGGUCUUAUCUGUCACGAAUUUGUUAUCAGUAUAGUUGGAAUUGUGUAUGAGAUUGUGCUGAAGGAAAUCCGGCGGUUUAGGGUUUUCUUUGAAAGAUUGUGUCGGUACGAUUAUGGAUGGGAAUAAGGACGAAGCUUUAAGAUGUAUUCGCAUAGCGGAAGAAGCAAUUGCAUCGGGGAAUAAAGAGCGAGCACUCAAAUUCAUUAAAAUUGCUUGUCGCCUUAAUCGGAGUUUGGAAGUGGACGAGUUAUUGUCGGCGUGCGAGGAAAUCGACUCGAAAUCACCUUCAUCUUCCUCCGAUGGGAAACGCACGGGAAAAGUUCAUAGUGUUUCUGGUUCGGCGAAUCAUGUUGACGGUUUGAAUGGUGAACGUAAUUACAGUAUUGAAAAUGUUCAAUUGAUCAGGCAGAUAAAAACAGCUAAGGACUAUUACAAAAUUCUUGGUGUGGAGAAAACUAGUUCGGCUGAAGAAAUUAAGAGGGCUUAUAAGAAAUUGUCCUUGAAAGUUCACCCUGAUAAGAACAAGGCUCCUGGUUCAGAUGAAGCAUUCAAGAAAUUAUCCAAGGCUUUCAUGUGUUUGAGCGAUGACACGUCGAGAAGGCAAUAUGACCACACAGCUUUGGUUGAUCAAUAUGAGUACAACCAACAGCAUAAUGUAAGGCGCAGGAGAACGGGUCGUGAUUUGUUUGAAGAAAAUUUUGAUCCUGACGAGAUAUUCAGGGCGUUUUUUGGGCAAGGAAAUAUGUUUCAGACGAGUCGUGCUUAUACUUAUAGCACUGGAGGUGCGAGAAGCCAACGGAGGACAGAAUCUGAUGGGGGAGGUCCCAACUUGUUGGUUUUACUUCUAAUGUUACCAUUCUUGUUAAUUGUCUUGUUGGCUUAUAUGCCCUUUCCAGAGCCAGACUAUUCUUUGCAUAAAAAUCUAUCCUACAUUAUUCCCAUGGCUACGGAGAAACAUGGAGUGGAGUUUUUUGUCAAAUCAUCAGAUUUUGAUGAAAGAUAUCCUCUUGGAAGCCGAGCUCGAUCUGAAAUAGAGAGUAGUGUGAUUAGGGAUUAUAAAAGCAUGGUUUGGCGUUAUUGUCAUGUAGAACUCCAGAGACGCAAGUGGAAUAAAAAUCUCCCAACUCCUCAUUGCGAGAAGAUGAAUAAUCUCGGGUUUGCAUAAAGCAGGUUAUAUCGAUGGAUUUUCAAGUUGUGAGACUCUAUGCUCAGAUGCAGAACGGGACACUCAUGGCUGGAUCACGAGGGCUAAGACCCAAAGGUUUAUCGGAGUUGUGCUGAGCCAAUCACUUGGCACCAUUGGCAUCAAUGACACUGGAGUGGUACGACUCUGUAAUUUUUCUAUAAUCACUUCCUCAUGAAGUUAGUAUGAUCCAUUUUUCAAAUAAAGUCAAAACCGUUGUACAAACUGAAAGAAGAUACUGAUUUGCUUCUCUACAUUCUUCAAAUAUUGAAGUGAAGCUCAAGUCUUUACUUAAA